GAUUUUUUCUUAACUCACUUUAAAAAAUAAUAUAUUUCAUAAGUACUUUACACCACUGCCUGCAAAUCACUGACGUCAUUAUUUUUUUUCGAGUUCCCCGUUAUCUUCAAAGCACCAACAAUUAUAUUCAACCUCCUCCUCCCUUGAACCAGGAAAUUGUCGUGGUGUGCCGGUGUCUAUUUGUGCAGUCAUAGGGUGGCUAGAUUGAUAUAUGUGUGUAUCACAUUUUUACCAUCGUUAUAUCGUAUGUCUUCUAUUUUCUACUCCGGCUACUCAUCCAAAACCAAAUAUCUAGCUUGGGAGAGAGGAUUUGCAGUCCCGCCAAACAAUGAGCGAGUCCAGUAUCUGCCAGGUGAGAGCCACGGUCAUGCAGUAUGAUGAUGGUAACAAGCGCUGGGUGCCGGCGGGUGAGGGGGGCCAGGCCUUCAGCAGGGUCCAGAUCUACCACAAUCCCGUAGCCAACACAUUCCGAGUGGUGGGACGCAAGAUGCAGGGUGACCAGCAGGUGGUGAUCAACUGCCCAAUCGACAAGAGGCUGAAGUACAACCAGGCUACACCCAACUUCCACCAGUGGCGGGAAGCCCGGCAGGUGUGGGGGCUGAACUUCGGCAGCAAGGAGGAAGCCGUUCUCUUCGCCAACGGCAUGAUGCAUGCCCUGGAGGUGCUGAGUGCACUCACUGACUCAGGCUACUCCUCUCUCCCUGUCCAGAAUGGACCCUCCCCAGAGGAGCUGGAGCAACAGAGGAGACUGGAGCUGCAGAGGCAGGAGCAGCAGGAGAGAGAGCGGCUGGAGAACGAGAGACCGGCCGCACCCAUCCCCCCUGCAGCCCCGCCUGCUCCUCCCUCUGCCCCCGGUGGCCCCCCAGCUCCCCCAGGACCGCCUCCACCCCCAGGCCCCCCACCACCACCUGGCCCCCCACCACCUCCUGGCUCCGGGGCCCCACCUGCCCCACCUCAGUCUGGUGGAGGGGGGGGAGGGGGCGAUGGAGGUGGUCUCGGAGGGCCCGGGGGACUAGCUGCAGCCCUAGCAGGAACCAAACUACGCAAAUCGGCCAAGGAGGAUGGUGGUGCAGCAGCACCCCCUCCAUCAGGAGGAGGAGGUGGGGGAGGAAAUCUGAUGGGGGAGAUGAGUGCCAUCCUGGCCCGACGGAAGAAAAUGUCAGAUAAUCCAGGCGCAAAGAAGGAUGUGCCCAGCAAUGAAGACUCCUCAAAGUCCUCAGGCCAAGGUGACAGCCUGAGGAGACCGUGGGAGAAAUCAGCCACCAUUCCAAGGACUAACUCAGCCACCAAGACCCAGCUGCAGGAGAGCAGCCCCACCUCCACCACCCCUGCUCUUCCUCCUGCCCCCCCUUCUCCAUCCUCUGCCCAAUUGCCCAGGAUGAAGGCAGUGAACAACACCACGGCCAGCACAGGCAGUGAAGGCACAGAGAUGGAGAGAAUCAAACAGGACAUCCUUGAGGAAGUGAGAAAAGAGCUCCAUAAAGUGAAAGAUGAAAUUAUCGGGGCAUUUAUCCAGGAGCUGCAGAGGAGAGACCCAGUCUAGUCUCUCAAUAUAUAUCCACUGGUACCUGGACAGAAGAUCAUAUGUUUCCUGCCCUGUUCAGGCUGUUCUCCUUCAGUGUUCUACUCACCACAUACCUAUACGUUCAGGCUGUUCUCCCUCAGUGUUCUACUCACCACAUACCUAUACGUUCAGGCUGUUCUCCCUCAGUGUUCUACUCACCACAUACCUAUACGUUCAGGCUGUUCUCCCUCAGUGUUCUACUCACCACAUACCUAUACGUUCAGGCUGUUCUCCUUCAGUGUUCUACUCACCACAUACCUAUACGUUCAGGCUGUUCUCCCUCAGUGUUCUACUCACCACAUACCUAUACGUUCAGGCUGUUCUCCCUCAGUGUUCUACUCACCACAUACCUAUACGUUCAGGCUGUUCUCCCUCAGUGUUCUACUCACCACAUACCUAUACGUUCAGGCUGUUCUCCUUCAGUGUUCUACUCACCACAUACCUAUACGUUCAGGCUGUUCUCCCUCAGUGUUCUACUCACCACAUACCUAUACGUUCAGGCUGUUCUCCCUCAGUGUUCUACUCACCACAUACCUAUACGUUCAGGCUGUUCUCCCUCACUGUUCUACUCACCACAUACCUAUACGUUCAGGCUGUUCUCCCUCAGUGUUCUACUCACCACAUACCUAUACGUUCAGGCUGUUCUCCUUCAGUGUUCUACUCACCACAUACCUAUACGUUCAGGCUGUUCUCCCUCAGUGUUCUACUCACCACAUACCUAUACGUUCAGGCUGUUCUCCCUCAGUGUUCUACUCACCACAUACCUAUACGUUCAGGCUGUUCUCCCUCAGUGUUCUACUCACCACAUACCUAUACGUUCAGGAUUGUACCAAUCGGCACUCUUCCGAAAUUCUGUUUGCCAUUAUUUUUCUCGUUUCAAGAGCUUUGCUGUGCCUCUCUUGCUCCGCCAUCACUGCCUACCGUACUCUAUUCUACUCACCUCCCAAGUCAACUCCCAUAUCUUACCUGUGUCCAUUUCUGGCCUUACUCUUCACUAGAGAAAACAAUUCAGGGAAUAUCAUCGACCACACCAUUGAAACGCAGUACAUUUCCAACAGUGGCACAUUUUAAAAGUCAACCUAACUUCGCUGCAGCAGAAGUACAUUUUUUUUUUGUAUAUUUUUGUAAUGAACUGCAGUAGUUGACCACAGGGGGGCAUUGUGAAUCAGGAUAAUCGCACAUGAAGCCUAUCUCUGUAGUUUCUGUACUACCCAGGAGCAGUCAGGGAACUACAAAUCCCAGCUCGCAACAAUAAGGGAGUUCUCCUGGUUAAAUGUCUGUCUGUCUACAGCUAUUAAAAGUAAGGUGCUGAUCUUGGGUCAGUUUAGCAUUUUCCCAACUAAUGGUUAAGUUAGGAUUAGAGGCGGGGAACCUGUUCCUAGAUCUCUACCAAGGGGAAACUUCACCCCGGAGCCACUUUAUACUGGUUGAGCUCUGGCUACACCUCACAUCAACUGUUUGUUUUUUCACCUCCGUGACUAGCGGAAGCAUAUCAGCUAGGACCGUCUGCACUGGGUCCUACUCCAGUUACCAUGCCCACUCUUCCAUGUAGCACAGACAACCCCAGCAGACCACCUAUAGAUGACAAAAGGGCCCAAUCCCAAAACAACCCCUAGCCCCUGCAACCUCUGCCUCACUAGUAGAGAUGUGAGAAGAUUGGUGUAAGCAAUAUGGAAAAAUGUCAUUCAGCCAAUCAGCGCAAGUUGGAGCUAUUACCAUAUUACUUACCACAGUCUCAUCCAUUCAGAUCUCCACAAGUACAUAGGGCUAGGGGUCGAUAUGGGAUAUGAUAAGUUUACUACCCGGACACAGAAACAUAAUUAUUAGAAUGGACAUUGUCCUCUAAAAGCAAUGAACAAUUGUUGAUUGGAUGUUAGAUGAACAAUUGUUGAUUUGAUGUUAGAUGAACAAUUGUAUCUAUUUAAAGAAUGACUAAAUAUUUUCUACGCACUUUAAUGCCUGAUAUUUCCUAUCUCCCUGUGAAGCACAUCCAAUAGGUUGCCAACCAUAUCCAUUUCCCAAUGACAUGGAGACCUAUGCCUGUUCUGUCCAUUCUAUUUCUACGCUCCUAACGCUGCCUACUCUUCUAGUCGCCACAUAAGAAAAGAGGUGAGAAGAGGAGUGGAGCCCGGUUUGGGAGUUCUGUACCUGGUAUGAUUCUGCUGUAUCACUGUGCAGUCCAGGGACUUGUACUUGACUGUGUAGGAUCUUCUAAAGAUACAGGGCCUUCAGAAAGUAUUCACACCCCCUUGACUUAUUCCACAUUUUGACUGAAUUUCAAAUAGAUAAAAUGUAGAUAUGUCACUGAUCCACAUACAAUAUCCCAUAAUGUAAAAAGUGGAAUUUUGCUUUUAGAAUUUUUCUUUACAAAUUAAUACAAAACGAAAAUGUCUUGAGUCAAUAAGUAUUCAACCACUUUGUUAUGUCAAGCUAAAUAAGUUCAGGAGAAAAACAUUUGCUUAUCAAGUCAUGUAAGUUGCAUAGACUCACUCUGUGCAAUAAUAGUGUUUAGCGUGAUUUUGAAUGACUCCCCGAUCUCUGUACCCUACAGAGCGCAGCGGUCUAAGGCACUGCAUCUCAGUGCAAGAGGUGUCACUACAGUCCCUGGUUCGAAUCCAGGCUGUAUCACAUCCGGCCGUGAUUGGGAGUCCCAUAGAGCAGGGCACAAUUGGCCCAGCGUCAUCCAGGUGAUGGCCGGUGUAGGUCGUCAUUGUAAAUAAGAAUUUGUUCGAAACAGACUUGCCUAGUUUAAAUAAAGGUUAGAUAUGCUGCCACAGCCGCUAUCCAGCCAUCUUGUCACUGUGGUAACAGCCAUAGCACCACAGAAAGUUGCAGACCAAUGUAACUGACUUGCCAAGUUAAAAUAAAAAUACAAUUUAUCUGUAAGUUCCUUCAGUUGAGUAGUGAAUUUCAAGCACAGAUUCAACCACAAAAACUGAGGUUUUCUAAUGCCUCACAAAGAAGGGUACCUAUUGGUAGAUGGUAUAAUAAAAUAUACCAUUGAGCAUGGUGAAGUUAUUAAUUACACUUUGGAUAGUGUACCCAGUCACUACAAAGAUACAGGCAUCCUUCCUAACUCAGUUGCCGGAGAGGAAGGAAACCACUCAGGGAUUUCACCAUGAGGCCAACGGUGAUUUUAAAUGACGGUUAAGGGAGGGGAACUGAGGAUGGAUCAAUGACAGUGUUACUCCACAAUAUUAACCUAAAUGACAGAGUGAAAAGAAGGAAGCCUGUACAGAAUAAAACAUGUUCCAAAACAUACAUCCUGUUUGCAGUGAGGCACUCAAAUAAUAAUGCAAAAGAAAUUAACUUUUUGUCUUGAAUACAAGGUGUUAUGUUUGGGGCAAAUCCAACAUCACUGAGUACCACUCUUCAUAUGUUCGAGAAUGGUUGUGGCUGCAUCAUGUUAUGGGUAUGCUUGUAUCGGCAAGGACUAGUUUUUUUUUAGGAUAAAAAUAAACUUAAUCGAGCUAGGUACAGGCAAUCUGGUUCAGUUUGCUUUCCAACAGACACUGGGAGACAAACUCACCUUCCAGCAGGACAAUAAUCUAAAACACAAAAUGUGAAGAAAAAAAGUUCAGGUUGUGAAUACUUUCUGAAGGUACUGUACUUCAUAAUACUUAAUAAUACUUCGGUGGCAGCGACAUGAGAGACGUCAAUCUAAUGCAACUCUGCCUCGUCACCUGAACGCACUUACAAUCGUAUAGAUUUGUUAUUAACCAAAAAAGAAUAGUACUUAAAUUGCAUAUGGUUUUCUAUUUCCAUUGGAAAUACUGUGGUAAUGACAAUGAAACAUAUUUUGGAUGUAUUUUUUUAUAUAAUGUAAUUGUUAUUUUGGAUUUAUUAAGGGUGAUUUUUCUAUUGGAAAGAAUGAUAUUUACACUGAGAAUUGUGAGAGAAAAUGCCUUUAAGACACUUGUUUGGAGUUGCCUUUCUGGUCAAAUACAGCUCUUGUAUUAAAGCA